AUGAACCUCUCAGGACAGAUUUCAUUCCUCUUCAGCUGUAAUGUCAGCCCAAGUGAGACUCCACAGCUCGAUAUUAGUGUCACCAAAAGUGAGCCACUGGCAAUUGCUGUCCCCAUGACCAUCUUCUACAGCAUCGUCUUCUCAUGCGGAGUCCUAUUUAAUGGUGUGAGCAUGCUGACUCUCCUCAUGGAUGCUCAUAUGAAAGUCAGUGCCAUUCGCUUCUACCUUCUCAGCCUGGUCAUAUCAGACAUUCUGCAACUGUUGACCAUCCCGGUGACUUUGUAUCGGUAUUACUGGGAGAGCUAUCCCUGGCGUCUGGGUCAAGUGGUAUGCAAGGUCUAUUUUAUGAUUCGCCAAGUGUACUGCGCCACCACAAGCUGGGUUAUCAUGACCUUCACCACUGAGCGCUAUGCAGCCAUUUGCCACACCAUGUGGUCUGUCUCCAGCCUGAAGAAGUCUCGGCUGCCAUGCCUUCUUGUAGUUUGGAUCAUUUCUCUGGCCUCGGCCAUACCCUUUGCUCUGGUCUAUGACCAGGCUCGCGCCUGCAUCCUGGACUACACGGCCGCCACACAAGAAGACGCCUUCCAUGUCUCCACCAUGUGCGAGAUGACGGAGCCCGAUCCUGCACACAUCUACAAAGGCGCUUUGCUCCUGAGAGCGGGGUUCUUUUUUCUGGUCCCACUGGUCUCCAUCUUUACCCUCUAUCUACUCAUCCUGCUCUACCUGAAGAGGAACGGACGGCAAAGGAGGAACAUUGGUCUCACACGGACAGUUCCAGAAGGAAGACGAGAUAUCCAGUGCCAUCAGAAUGGAAAGCUACUUUUAAAUGAAAAGAGAGCUCUGAAACUCAUGGGUGCAGUCGUGGUGGCAUUUUUUGUUUGCAACUUUCCAGACAUCGCCUCCUCGCUGAUGCAGGUCUACGUGGUUGUGUGGUCCGACACUGUCCUUUCCGUCUACACGAUCCUGAAAUCAUACUUGUCGCUUCCGCUAUGGUAUAUCAACGGUGCUCUGGAUCCGCUGCUGUUCUGUAUUUCCUCCCACACGUUUCGCAGGGCGUGCUGGAGAACUCUGGGUAGGCUCAGGCCUCACUGCUACUGGAAGUAUGGUAGCAUGUCUUGGCUGUGGCCGAGAAGCUCUAGUGAAGAAACGAGCUCUACAGCCAGAGAGAGGACUGAUAAUAAAUGCUGUAGAGGGAAGAUGGACAAAAAGAGAAAUGCAGUCACUUUCAAAUCACAUCAGAGGGAUGGACAUAGCAGUGAAGUCAUAUUUGAACCCGAGCUGCAGCAGCAAGCAGUCUGA